UCCGUGAAUCAGCAACUCGGUCUCUUCCUCUUCCAUCUCGAGGUCGUCACCAGAUCGUUCACGAGUUCUUCAGUAGGCCAACAGUGAACCCGACAGCAAGAUGGAUAUCCGACAAGCCACUAUUGCCGAUAUCACCGGCAUGCAGAAUGCGAAUCUGAUGAACCUGCCCGAGAACUACGUUUUCCGCUACUACCUGUACCAUGCGACGACAUGGCCGCAGGCGUCGUUUGUGGCGACUGAUGCGUCGGGGACGAAGAUUGUUGGGUACGUGCUUGCGAAGCUGGAGGAAGAGGAGCAGAAGGACGGCGUUCCGCACGGGCAUGUUACCAGUCUGUCGGUCAUGCGGACGUAUCGACGGAUGGGCCUUGCUGGAAAAUUGAUGGAGCUCGCGCUGCGCAGCUUAUACGAAUGCUACGGGGCCAAAUUCGUCAGUCUCCAUGUACGAAAAUCGAACCGAGCGGCGCUCCAUCUGUACAGAGAUACUCUGAAGUUCGAUGUCAAGGAGAUUUCAAAGGCAUACUACGGUGACGGUGAAGAUGCAUAUGCGAUGCAAAAGGAUCUCGAGACAUUGGACGACCUAGACGCUCUAUUCGAAGCGACCAGCGACGACGACUUCCUAAUCGAAGCGGUCCAGAACUUGAACCUGACUGAAUCAGGGAAACUAGUGACCGAGACCGAAAGCGAGGCUAAGACCGAGACUGCCUAAGACGACCAGGCAAGCAUUUAGACAUGACGAGAGGGUCGCGUGUGUAAGAUUGGAAGGGGACGGAAUGAGUGGGUUUGGUUGAACAUCAAGCAAAAGUUUUAUUUAGUUAUUUGUGUUAAUAUAUUGGCAUUUUUUUUGUGU